GAAUCUUUGAUUUGCCGCCAAAAGAUCCGCGGGGUGCAAGUGAAAUACAGUAAUUCAAAGUGUCUAGUGCGUAAAAGGCGGCCCUGCCCUGUUGAAGAUGGAGACGAAUACAGAUAAUACAGCUGUCGAGAAGAAGGAAGAAGAUAUGAGCCCCAAGGAAAAGGCGUUUAUGCUUCUUGCUCAGGGCAAAAGGCAUUACCUCGUUAAAGAUUACUUCGAAGCAGUGGGAUGUCUGGCAACUGCGUGUGAACUAUUGGCUGAAGUGUAUGGUGAAGCUGCAAAUGAGUGUGGAGAUGCCUAUUUCAGUUACGGAAAAGCGUUACUCGGCCUCGCAAGAGAAGAGAACGGUGUGCUAGGCGAUGCUGUUGAAGAACGUGACGAUGAAGAGGAAGAGAACGAGCAGGAGGAACAAGAAGCUGGUGCGGAAGAUAAUUGUGAGAAGGAGGAAUCUGCAAAACAUGAAAAUGAGAAAGUAGAAGAUACUGCUGCGGAUAAUGCUCCCACUGGAGAUAGCGAACCUGUUGGUAGCGAGGAUAAUGUAGAGGUUGAUGGUGAGAAAGAUGACGAUGAUGAUGCUGAGACAGUGAGUAAUCUGAAAUUGGCGUGGGAAAUGUUGGAACUCGUGAAAAUUAUUUUUCAGAGACAAGCUGACAACGACCAAAACAUUAAACUUAAACUUGCAGAAGUACACAUGUAUUUGGGCGAGAUUGGUUUAGAAUCUGAAAACUAUACUUCAGCUAUAGAAGAUAUAAAUAGAUGUUUAGAAAUUAGAAAGAAACUUCUCAAAACCGAUGAUAGGUGUGUAGCGGAAACAUUGUACCAGCUAGGCUUAGCUCAUUCACUUGCAAGCAAUUUCGACGAAUCUAUAAAGUACUUUUCCGAAGCUGUUGAGGUGCUGGAAGAAAGAAUUAAAAUCCUGGAGCAGAGAAAGGACAGUGGCAGUGAAGUGGCGGAAGAAUCCAAAUCUGAUGCAUUUUAUACUAUAGACGGUGAAAUCACAGAAAUAAAGGCUUUACUGCCUGAGAUUAAAGACAAAAUUCAGGAUAUGAAAGACUUCAAAAAUGAAACAUUGAAGGCGAUGUUUGAGAAGCGCUGUGAAGAUCAGCAGGGAAGUUCUGGUCAGGCUGGUACUUCGUCUGCAUCGUUAUCAACAUCAGCUUCAUCCACUGAAUCAAAGCCGGUGUCCAAUAUCACCCAUUUAGUGAGGAAGAAGCGUAAGUUGGACUUGGAUAUGUCAGAUAGUAAAAGGAGUAAAACAGAACCUGAGCAAGAUCUAGUGUAAUCCACGUUAAUUUGAAGAGACUCCAAUCCCUGUUAUUGCCAUACCGAGUAGAGGACUGUACAUCACGUAAUGCACAAAACGAAAUCAGCAUUUGACCUUACGAUUAUUGAAACAUUCUUAGGACUGAAAUUCAAAUGCUGGUUUAACUUUUUUUUUGGUGCGAAAUACGUAUGGUACUGUAUUUUUGUUCAAAACAAAGAACAUUGGUUACUCUCUGUCAAGACGUGGGUUAAAUAUGGCACAUAUUUGUUAAAAUUGUAAUUUAAAGGAAAGUGAUUGUCUUGGCAGUUGGGUUAUAUGUAGUAGAUUGGAUGACUUAAAUGUUUAUAGAACUUAACAUUACAUUCAGAAUGUUUGGUGAGUUAGUAUACAGAUCUAGGACUCUAUUAAUUGUAUCUUGCCAAGAGGUGAAGUUUAUUUUAAUGUCAGUGUAGAUCAUAAUUUAAUCAUAUCCAAGAUCACAUGUUGACUAUCUGCAUACUGUAAGCUUACAUAGUGAAACUGAUAUGAGCAGACUGACAAAAAUCUCAUCCCUAGGAAUAGUCUACAUCAAAUGGGCAUUGCAUUCAUAGGUCUAGUACUUUUACUUCACAAUAUCAGCACUUUCUAAGUGCAUCUCUUUACUAACUAGGGUGAUUACAGACAGAAUUUUGAUAUUAUUUUCUGUGAAGAAGUUGAGUGUGUAUUUAUUUUCAUAAGGUGUGUGUGUGUGUGUGUGUGUGUGUGUGUGUGUGUGUGUUUAGACAUUUCAUUGGUAUUUGACUGACUGAAGAAACUUGUCAGGUCUCGUGCAUGUUAACUUCAUGAGAAACCCAAAUUUGAUGAAAACAUAUGAAAUGUACUUUUUUAAUGGGCAAAUAAAGCUAAUUUGUAAACCUUUUUAAAUUUGUGCAAGAUCACUUUGGAGCUGUGAAGAGUGGUAAAUUUCUUGUAAAGUAUAUUUACUUAUGCAUGCAGGGAGAAAAAUAGGAACAGCAAACAUUUCGUAUGUUUUUAUAUUUUAUUUUUCUCUUAAAAAUAUGCCAACUUUGAGUUAACAUGGAAAUGGGUCUUUGAAUGUGAAUAUCCAUGGUGUACUAUAAACGAAGUAGCUGCCACGUAGCAUUGAUUUCAACAUUAGAUUAUCAGUGUAAAUGUUCGUUGGGGAUGGUAUCUUUCUUUCUGUGUUCUGAGCAUUAACCCCUAGAGCCAGUAGGCAUAAUGUCAGUGCUAGAGUUUAAAUUGAGUUCUGAAUUAGAUUGCAACUGGACAUAUUUAACGUAUUCCAAGUUCAGUUAGAAUUGAGGUAGUGUAAAAAUGUAGACCUGGUUGAGAUUAGGGCACACAUCCUGUGGACUGUUAUCCUUACAUUUGUUAGUGUAGUGUUGUAUAUGUUAGAACACACCAGUGCACUGUUGAGAAAAAUUAAAGGUACUGUGACACAUUUGUGACAAUAUAAAAUGGAGAGAAAAAAUGGCAUAUCAUACACUGUUAGGAUUAGCCUCUAUGGACUAUCUUGAAGUGAGACAUUAAUUUCCAACUUUUAUUGACACUAAAAUUCAUGGCACAAGUUCCACAUUGGACCUGUCCCCCCCCCCCUCCCCCCCCC